UACGCAUUGUAGGCGCUGGUUGGGGGCUGGCAGCCGGGCGCACCUCGGCCUGCUGCGGUCUCACGCGGAUCCUGGAGACGCACUGGACUACACACCGGAAAUGCAUUCACUUAAUAAGUCAAAACGCAACACGAGGAUCUAGUUCCGUUAUAUUGUGCUGCGUUGUUGUGCUGGAUGCUGACUGUUUGUUUUUUCUGGGCUGGCGCAGUCAGCCUUCGCUGGGCUGCCAUGUGAUGGCACACAUCACUGCUUUAGGAAGUCACUCUCUCAACCAUUUCUGAGAAAACAGGAGAAAAUCUGUCUCAAACAGUUAUUGUCAAUCCAUGACCAUGAUGGAGGAAGGCGCUUCUUGCGAGAACACCCCGGACCUGAGAGACAUAGAGGCGAAAAUCGGCCGGAAGACCCCCGAGGGUUUGCUCAGGUGGAUGCGGGAAGAGGGGUCCUCAUCCCGGGGAGAAGUCAAACUGGUCCCCGCAGGGCACGAAACCACUAAGGAGAACGGGAAGAAGAGCCUGGAUGAAAAGAUCAGAAUAUUAAAGACAGAGAUGGCACACUUGCGCUCAGUGGACGUUAAGAUCCUUCAGCAGCUGCUGGCGGUCAACGAGGGCAUCGAGGCAGUGAAAUGGUUGCUGGAGGAGCGCAGCACGCUAACAAGCCGCUGCAGCAGCCUGACUAGCAGCCAGUACAGCCUGGGGGAGGGCCCCGACACCUCCUGGAGAGGUUCCUGGAGUAGCCUUCACGACCCCAACGACAAGCUGGACAACAUUUCCAUCGGCAGUUACCUGGACACCCUGGCAGAUGAUAUGGACGAGUACUGCCCUUCAAGCUCAGAAUCUGUCCUCUGCUCUUCCACACCGCAGGUCUCCGAGGCUACUGCGGUAGGGCGGACAGCGGGAGGCCCUGCAGCCAUCGCUUCUGCUACUGUGACAGGGGAGAAACCCGGGGUUAGCGCUGGGGUUGAGAAUGGAGUUGUAAUCACCAUUCGGUCGAGAUCAACUGAGAAAACUGGAAAUGGGGCCAUUGUUGUCGGUGAUGUCAAUGGGAAUGGGAUCAUCGGGACUGGAACUGGAAAGGGAUCGGUUCCUGGCCGCAUUCCUGAAGCUCAGCCUAAAGCGAAGCAGGAUUCUUUAGUUUGCUCUAAGGUGGCAGAGACUAGCCUGGUCCUUAGGAACAAUACUCAGACCCAGAUCAUUAAGACUAACGGGACCCUGGAGAAGACAACCCUACAAACUAGGCCUGGCCUCACUGGAAAAGUCAACCAGAGCCCGAAACGUAAACCUUACAAAAACGUAAAUGUUGACUUGGAUACUUGCAAACUAAAUAGUAAGAUGCAUCUGGAGUAUGACGCCCACUGGCGGUGGGUGCAAUCACAAGAAGAUGUGACGUUUUUGUAAGAAGACUACUGAGCAUGCCCUGUUUGAGAGCUAGCCAUCAGGACGCUUCCCUUGCUAAAAGACGCUCUCUGGCUUCAAAGAGCUAAGCAACAUUUUCGUUGAGUCGGUCCCCCUUAUACUGCACAAAUAGCACACUGGGUCAACGCCCAUUACAAGAAGUUGACCGUUGCCAAUCAAACAAUGCCUUGUCACACUGUGAAUCUAAAAUGCCGAGUACACAGAUACACACGUUCUACCACAUGAAACGGCAACAUAAUUGUAAAAAUUGAGUACGGUUCAUCGAGAAACACAGUACAUACUUGCUAGUGCAACAAUCAUUUUCUCACCUUUGGGGAUCUCAGGAUCACAAACCUCUAUGUUCUCCAUUCUUCUUCUUUUAGAUCCCUGCGAUCGACAGUCUAAAUAAUGUCGCAGAUGACAUUGGACUAUGUUUGGGUCGCACAAUUGAUGAAUUGAGGCUAUCCCCGUUGUGUGUAUAAAGUAUAACAUUGUUUAUAUGCUAUUUCUUAAUGUAUUGACGAGUGAAACACAUGUAUUACGCUCAUGAGUGCAAAUCUGUGCAUGUUUGUCUCAAACACCUAAGCUGAAGAGGAUUUCCUCAUUCUGUGUACUAUUAUGCAACGUUUCGUCAAUGCAAUGUGUCACUGUACAGGUACUCUGUAUCUGUCAGGGCUGGUUGUGGGUUCACUUUUAUGUGCCCUGUUAUAAGCAGCUAUUGUGCCUGAUUGGUCGAAACCUUCUACUGUAUAUGCCUGGCCUGUUUUUUCUUUCCUCUUGAGUAGAAAGCACUUGUUAUGAUAAUCUUGGGUGGUUGCUGUAUUUUGCUUGCUUGUGUGCAUAAAAAGGCUCGACCAUCAGCGUGUGUGCUUUAUUUUACUAUUGUUUUUCAAAUGGGUCGAAUGUUACUUCAGGUGAGCUUACGCAGGGAUACUUUUUUUUCCGCUUGCUUUUUGUCAUUGCAUUUAGCAGCCUAACGACAAAGACAAAAGAAUGAUUGUCUGGAUUGUCUUUGUUUUUUCCAUUUUGGCGUCGCUUUUCCUGUUUCGCCUUUGUCUUUUCCAUUUGUGUUUUUUCAUUUAGUAAUGGACAAAUACAAAAAAGACAAAUGCAAAACAGGAAAAACAACGGCAAAUUGGAAAAAACAAAGACAAUACAGAAAAAAAACAAUGACAAAAUGGAAAAAGAAUAUGACUACAUUUGUGUAUUUUUUUUAUUAUCGAUUCUCUUUGUAUUUCCACACGUAUUCCCUUUCAAUUUUGGCACUCCUGUGAUUCCAUACGUAUAGAGCAGCUAAAUCAGCGACCUAAGAGUCACGAUCAGUUCGAUGUCUCGGUUAAUUAAUAAGAGAAAGGCUUCAUAAGAAAGUUACAAUCAAACCCAGCGUAUCCAUACACAUUUCUACAAGAAUAACGACAACAAUAGCCUCUGUCAAAGUUGGAUAAUCCAUCCAAAUUGUAGACAUGAAGUCAUCGAAGGCCUCCUUCCUUUUUUUAACAUAUGUGCUGGCUGUAAAGCAACGCUGCGUGCCAAAGAGACUGUCUGCUCCACGAGUUUGUGGUUUUCUUUCCAAAUUAGCUCAGCCAUAUGGGGGAAAAAACAGUGAGCAAACCUGUAGAAGCCAUUAUGUCAAGCUAUAGUGUGUCUCUGUGAAGACAAACUGCGGCUCUCUGAUGCAGUAAUGUGUUUGGACUGCAUAGUCAAUGUAAGAAUGGAAAAUGAACAUUGUUUCAAAAUAAGGGUGUUGUUAACAUGAAUAAAGAUGGAUGCUCCUGGAACAA